AUUGAGAACUUUCACAGUUUUAUUUAAUCAAACUAAUGUACAAUACAAAUUAAAAAUUGUUGAAACUCAAAGUUUGUGACUCAGAAAAGUCAAACUCUUUAUUUAUUUAUUUUGAAAAGAGGAAUUCCUCUUUUUAUUCCAUAGCCAGGAGAGCAAACUAGUAGGAAAGCUGCAAUUCAGCCAUAAAGAAAUAAAAAAAAAGGCAAACACUUCCUUAGCCUAAAAAUUUCUGGAGCUGAUCAUAUAAUUUCUUCAUCAGUAUGGUGAAGGUGGAACUCCAAAAAUGGGUAUAUGGAUUGGUGUGUUUUAUGCUUCUUGUUUUAAUAAGAACAAAAGGUUGCAUGGUAAAUAUCACUUAUGUUGAGGGUGCUGUGGGAAAAGGAGCAGUAUGUUUGGAUGGAAGUGCACCAGCAUACCAUUUGGACAGAGGAUCUGGGGAAGGAGUUAACAAUUGGUUAAUUCAUUUUGAGGUUGUACCCUCAAUCUCUCAUGCAUCUUCAAUAUGCCACUUUAGGUGAAAUUUUGUAAUGGUGCAAACUCGACUAACCGAACAGCAAUGCUGGUCACGAAACGAUAAGGGAGAAGUGUAGAAUUCGGCGUAUAUUAUAUCGUUCUGGCGUAGUAAAAAUUACAUUUUUUUCUCUCUAAAAAAUCCUCGGUUGUUCCGUGUAGUUUAUUUGGGUUUUUUCUUAUUCGCAUGUUAAAAGGGAGGAGGAUGGUGCAAUAAUGUCACUACUUGCCUUGAACGUAGAGACACUAAUUUGGGAUCAUCCACAAGAAUGGAAAAACGGGUUGCUUUUGAAGGGAUUCUCAGUGACCUCGCCUUAAGAAAUCCGGACUUUUACAACUGGAACCGAGUCAACGUUAGAUAUUGUGACGGGUCGUCCUAUACCGGUGAUGUUGAAGCAGUGAAUCCUAAAACCAACCUUCACUUCAGAGGUGCAAGAGUGUUUGUAGCUGUUUUGGCUAAAAAAUGUCGCCGUGCAGGCUUUAUUGUCGGGAUGUUCAGCGGGAGGGUUGACUUCCAUACUGCAUUGUGACAAGUUUAAAGGCCUCCUCCCGCCGAGUGCUACAGUAAAAUGUCUUGCAGAUGCUGGCUACUUUAUUAACGCGUAAGGAUUACUUUCUUAGCAUAAACGUACUUACAUCUCGGUGUUACUAUUCUACUCCUUUCGUCGUGCCGGGAGUUGCCAAUCUUUACUACAUGUUGGGAAUUCCCAAUGUGACGGAGGGAGUAAAAUCCUGAUGACAAACAAUGCCGGGGCCUUUUUGUUGGACAGGUUAGAUAUUUCUCGUACCCCACACAUUGAACAGUUCUACGACGACGUUGUCACAACUCACGGAUCAGCCAAUAGUUUGCCCGGUUUAUGCACAUCAAAGAUGAAGGCAGGUUUGGUAAGAAAACUCACUUUGGGAUUCCAUGUGGUAUGUUGUGUACUAGUAUCUGAAGCCAAUACGUAUAUCCCUCGUUGCUGCAUGCUGUCACAGUGUUUUUUCCCUCAAAACAUGGCACGAUAUACCGAAACACCUCUUUUCCUAGUCAAUUCGGCUUAUGAUGUCUGGCAGAUAUGGAACAUUUUGGUUCCUGAUGUUGUCGACCAGCAGGGGACAUGGCUUAGCUGUAAGCUUAACUCCGAGAAAUGCUCCGAUGCUCAGCUUCAGACACUACAUGGUUAAUAUACUAGCUUUCAUCGUCACGACUUUAAAUUCUAUAUUUUAAUUUGCUUUGGACGAUAUUUGCGGCGGUUUUUGAGCCCUUUUUGCAGGGUUUAGGUUGGAGUUUUUGAAGGCAUUAGAUGGACUCGGCCCUGCUUCAUCUAGAGGAUACUUCAUCAACUCGUGUUUCGCGCAUUGUCAAAUAGAAGCCCAAGAGACAUGGCUUGCUAAAGACUCUCCUACGUUGAAUGGCACGACAAUAGCUAAAGCAGUUGGAGAUUGGUACUAUGAUAGGAAUUCUUUUCGGAUAAUUGAUUGCCCAUACCCUUGUGACAAAACUUGUCUCAACCUAAAAUUCCUAAUGAAUUCCCCAAGGGGGGAAAGUGUAUAUGAUGAUUUGCAAGUCUUGAGAGUAAGGUAGUGUUUGGCAACUAGGAUUUCAUUUCAAUUCCAAAAUUUGAAAUCUAGAAUUUCAAAGGGGAGGGACAUGGAUUUAAAAUUAAGCUUUGUUAUAAAUGAGAAGAAUUUGAUUCAAAUUCAAAAUUUGUAAGUUUCCCAAAUAUGGAAUGUGAGCCAAAUCCGGAUUUGAAAUUCAAAUCCACGUUCCCAAACAUAACAUAAAGGAAUUCUCACCGGGCCAUAACUGAGGACCCAUUGAUAGUGUUUGGUGUAUUUGGGCAAAGUAAAUAUGUACUCUAGGUGAUCCCAU